ACAAACGUUGGUCUAAGGUUUCCCAAAGGUACCGAUGAGAGUGGUCACUCUCACUCACCUACGAAAAGACCACAUCUACACCCUCCGAUGGAGGCACCAGUGUACCGUGAAGAGUACAAGUUGAAGCGCCAGCAAACGUCAACAUCCAAUUCUUUUCCGGCUUUCGAUCUACUAGAAGACAAAUUGCACUGGGAAUAUGCGAAUUUGUCCACCGUUGCAGUCUCCAGGAAUCUGGCGCUAGUUUACUCGUUCCUUCGAUGGGCUCCAUUGAACGCGUAUGCAACUUUUGCAGACGAACUGGUUCAUUUGCUUAACAACAAUCUGAAGGAGGCGUAUGCGGGGUUCUCGCACGUGGUCAGCAAGCUGAAUUGCUUUUCGAAGCUCAUAUUUCGUCAAGUGGACGCAGAUGGAGGUGUGGUUGUGGCAUCUUCUUUUAUUCAUAGUAACUAUACUGCAGGCGGCGCUCCAGCAGAGCUUCCAGAAAGAAUGAAGAGGCUGUUGUACGUCUUGAUACAGGUCACGCUGUGGUUUUUUUCGUUGGACACGCGCCACUGGAUGCACGCUUUCUUUCACGAUCACGCAGAAUCUGUGUUGGACAAGUAUUCCCUUCGAGCUUCUUUUGUGCUGUUUAUACGUCAACUGGAAGAGCGUUUGAACGUGGACGUUCUGUGCCACUCAGCAUUCGGCAGCCUGGAAAACGUAGCCGAAGAGAUCAUCGCCGCAGUCUAUUCCUCAGAUGCGCCAAGUGCACAUCACUGUGUCAACAUUUCCACGCCAUUCUGUUCCACCACGAAACUCCGUCGAGAGAUUCUGGAAUGCUCCAUGGUUUCUCGAGGUUGA